UCAAAUCAGGGAUGCAACUCGGACGCGACAAGAUUAUGACAUUUUAGCCUGUCAAAAGUUUUUGUCGUCCGCUCGCUCCGAUCUAAGCCUGUUAUUAUUGUAAUUAAUAAAAUUUUUGUAUAUCCCGAGAAUGUUUUCCGCCAACACACACUCUGUGCCCUACCUUUAUCUGGGUAAUUUUAGUCGAAAACCGCACUAUUAUUCAGUGAAGCGAACCAAACUCCAGGGCAAUGCCGGUGUUCCACGUUUCUUUGCCGACAAAUCGAAAGCCGCCAGCGCUACCGUCAGCAGCACCACGGGGACAGUAACGAAACAUGACCUCGUGCUGGACUUUAAAAACCUCCUGAUUAAGUCAGGUGCCAGCUUACACAGUAUAGUCGAGAAGGCAGCACGGUUGAAUGGAAUCUUCGACAAGGAGCUUGUUAAUGAGACGCUCUCCAAAGUGACGACAAUGCUGUCGGGGAUGAAUAAUGUUCACGUCACACUUGAAGAACCCGCCACACAAAUCGGCCGCAACAAAAUGCAAAAUUACAAGUUUGAAUUGGCUCUGAAUGCACCGCAACUAAACAGUAGCAAUUGUUAUCCAACAGUAAUGAGAGGACUUCUGACUCCACUGUACUCCAGUUAUCAAAUGAAACAGCUGCGCGAUUUCAAAACGGAUCGUUCCAUAGAAGCGGAACAGAAACGUAAUCCAACUAUGACAACCAGACUGAAGUCUGCCUUUCAAGGAACGCCACAAAAAGCAGAGGGAGAAUUCCAAAUUCAGGCCGAGAAACUAAAGAAACUUAUCGCCAAAUCUGGUGAACAGGGAAGCGUUCAAAAUGCGGAAAACAUAAAAAUUGCAUUCGCCGAGGGCUAUUUAGCUGCGUCAAAUGCAGAGGACUCACAAAAAUCAGGCAAAACAAUGAAAUAUCUUAAGAUUUUCCAGACAUUAAUAGUUAUCGUCGUCUUCAUUGGAAUCUUCCUGAGCUUCUUCACUUCAUCGAAUGGGUCGGUCUUUCGCAGUAUACAACUGGGAAAUCAGGUCGAAGUCGAUCCAGAGGAAAUACAUGUCACAUUCGAUGAUGUUAAGGGCUGUGAUGAGGCCAAACAGGAACUGAAGGAGGUUGUCGAAUUCCUCAAGAACCCCGACAAAUUCUCCAAUUUGGGCGGGAAGCUUCCCAAAGGUGUGCUUCUAGUUGGACCACCCGGCACCGGAAAAACCUUGCUAGCACGUGCUGUUGCUGGCGAAGCAAAUGUUCCAUUCUUCCAUGCCGCCGGUCCAGAGUUUGACGAGGUGCUGGUAGGUCAGGGCGCCAGACGUGUUCGGGAUUUGUUUAAGGCUGCUAAAGCGCGUGCUCCCUGCGUUAUAUUCAUUGAUGAAAUUGAUUCGGUUGGAGCCAAACGUACAAACUCUGUGCUGCAUCCAUAUGCAAAUCAGACCAUAAAUCAGUUGCUUUCCGAAAUGGAUGGAUUCCAUCAGAAUGCUGGCGUUAUUGUGCUGGGAGCCACCAACCGUCGCGAUGAUUUGGAUCAAGCAUUGUUGCGACCAGGUCGCUUUGAUGUGGAAGUUAUGGUCUCUACACCAGACUUCACAGGGCGCAAGGAGAUUCUGUCUUUGUACUUGGAAAAGAUUCUGCACGAUGACGUGGACGUAGAUAUGUUGGCACGUGGCACCUCAGGAUUUACCGGCGCCGACUUGGAGAACAUGAUUAACCAAGCAGCACUAAGAGCUGCCAUUGAUGGGGCUGAAACUGUGAACAUGAAACAUUUGGAAACUGCGCGCGAUAAAGUACUUAUGGGUCCGGAGCGUAAGGCGCGUCUGCCCGACGAGGAAGCGAAUACAAUUACAGCAUACCAUGAGGGAGGCCACGCGAUUGUCGCCUUCUAUACCAAGGAAUCGCAUCCCCUGCAUAAGGUGACAAUUAUGCCGCGUGGUCCCUCUCUGGGGCAUACCGCAUAUAUACCGGAGAAGGAACGCUACCAUGUCACAAAGGCCCAGCUCCUGGCAAUGAUGGACACAAUGAUGGGCGGCCGUGCCGCGGAAGAGAUAAUAUUUGGAACAGAAAAGAUCACCUCGGGCGCCAGUAGCGAUCUGAAACAGGCGACCACAAUUGCUACACACAUGGUUAAGGAUUGGGGUAUGUCGGAAAAGGUCGGUCUGCGGACCAUUGAGUCAUCCAAGGGCCUGGGGGGUGGAGAAGUCCUUGGACCGAACACCGUGGAAGCCGUCGAUGCCGAGAUCAAGCGCAUUUUAAGCGACAGUUAUGAGCGUGCGAAGGCAAUUCUUAAGAAGCAUACAAAGGAACAUAAAGCUCUCGCCGAGGCACUGUUAAAGUACGAAACUCUGGAUGCUGAUGAUAUCAAAGCAAUACUGAACGACAACCAGUAGUAUUUUGAGCAAGGAUUGGAUUUGGAUUUAGUUGAUCAUGUACUGCAUACAAUAUACAUACAUACAUUAACAUUAAACGUAUAUUUUAGUUACAAUAUUAUAAACGUCAACACACUGUGCAAAAGAAAAGCAUAACAAGAUCGGGACGCAGACGGACAAGUUAAGAAAUCAAAUGUUACACAUAUUUUUGUUAUGUUUUCCCUAACAUUCUCAAAGUGAUUUUGGAAUAAAAUAAUAAUAAAAUUGA